CUACGAUUGUCAGAAAGACUGUCGCUUCUCGAUUUGUCAAAAACUUAUAUAGUAUCAAAGCCCCCUAAAGUGAUUCCACGAGUGGUAUCGACUAAUAAAAAGAUUUAACGAAUUACGUCGUAACUUGUACUCAGUACGGUCAGCACGGGGGCAAAUCGAGGAGCGGCAGUUAUAGUGGAAUCACUUCGCGGAAUGAUUCGUCGAACGUGAUACUUCAUGAUGGGUGAUAAAGACGUAAGCAAGUUCAUCCAGAAACAAGAACGGGCCCUGCGCCAAGAUGUCUCCACUUGGAGAAAAGUUGCUGUUGACACGGAGAAGUUGUGUGUUAGCUGCGAGGAUCCAAAUGCAUUGGAUGAGGCGUUCACGUAUCUAUUCGAUGCAUUCACGACGCUGGAGAAAGCAUUCAGAAAGUUGGAAGAACUUUACGAUCUACAAGGCAAAGAGAAUGAAUCCUAUGUGCAGAAAUAUCAGGAUAUAGAGGAACUUAACUAUCAUCUGACUGAGAAACUGUCCAAUGCCUUGGCAACUUUGAAGCAAAAGAACAUGCAAUCUAAGGUCACUGUUGGUGUUACAAAUAAGAAAGAAGAAAAGCAGUCUGUGGACACUGUUAAAGAUAAAGAUGAAAACGUCAAUGCUAAAUCUAAUGACAGUCCUGAUAACCCUAAGGAUAACUCUGUACUUCCAAAAAGGAAUGCGACUGCAUGUGAACCCGCCACGUCAGACGUGGCCAACCUGAUUUCACACUUGGUUGAUCAGGUCAAUCUGUCACGCCUACCACCACCAGAGCCUGGCGUGUUUUCUGGAGAUCCACUUUCAUUCCCCUCCUGGAGGGCGGCGUACUGUAAUCUUAUUGAGAGAAAGAAUAUUAGUGCACCCGAGAAAAUCCACUAUCUGAAACGUUACUUGUCUAAGUCGGUAAAAGAAGUUGUGGACGGCUACCUGACUGUCGCCGAUGAAGAUUCAUACAACCAGGCAUGGAUGCGAUUGGAGAAACGUUACGGGGAUCCAUUCAUCAUAGCCAAUGCCUUCAGGGAUAAGUUAGAUCAAUGGCCCGAUGUAUCAUCACGAGACGGGAGGCACUUAGGAAGUUUUCGGAUUUUCUGAGGCAGUGUCUGGCCGCCAUGAAAGUCGGAACCAAGGGAAACCUGAACAUUCUAGAUGACGAACGUGAAAACCAAAAGAUCCUGAGAAAACUCCCCGACUGGCUAAUCAAUCGAUGGAACAGAACCGCGUCCACCUAUAAACAGACUGUUUGUUGCCAUCCACCCUUUCAUUACUUCGUUACCUUUAUCGAACAAGAGGCAGAACUUGCUUGUGACCCUGUAACUAGUGUCCAGGCUGUUAAGAAAAAAGAAAGUCGUCCUGGGAGUGAGAUGUCUGCUCAACUUGGCACCAAGGAGAAACAAUCGUGGCGUAAAAAGGCCCCAGCUACCAGAUCCUUCGCAACAGAGACAAAAGAAAGGAAAUGCUUCUAUUGUGAGGACAGUCAUUUAGUACAGACAUGCCCCCAGUUAUCAUCCAAACCCCUUAAGGAGAGACAGGACUUUGUACGAUCAAACGCGCUGUGCUAGGGCUGUCUUCAUAAGGGACACAGAUCAAAGGACUGUAAGACACGCCUGCAGUGUAAAGUCUGCAGCAAGAACCACCCGACUCUGUUGCAUAUGGAGAGAUCUGAACCGGCAAAGAUGACCAGGAAUCUGGAGAAAGCUGACGAGAAAUCUACCAAGACCACCGACAGAAAAGUUGUGGAAACGGCCUUCAACCGGAGGAGUCGGACCAAUGAAGCGGUAGGAUGCAAGAGCUCGAUGAUCGUCCCAGUCUGGUUGUCCCACAAAGAUCAUCCCCACUCAGAGAUUAUGACCUACGCUAUGUUAGAUACACAGUCGGACACAACGUUCAUCCUGGAAAGCCUUCGACAGGAACUUGGUGUUGAUGGGACCAUCACUAAGCUAAAACUGUCCACAAUGAGUGCUCAAAACCAUCUGAUAGAGACUGUUAAGGUAAAAAAUUUGUUAGUUAGAGGAUUAACAUCGGAUUCUGAAGAAAGACUCUCACUACCUCCGUCUUUCACUAGAGAGGUAAUGCCAGCCGAGAGAUCGCACAUACCGACACCGGCAAUGGCCGAGAAGUGGCCUCAUCUAAGACCCAUUGCCAAGGAGCUGCCAGCUAUCCAGGACUGCGAUGUUGGGAUAUUGAUAGGUUAUGACUGUCCCAAAGCCCUCAACCCUCGAAAAGUUAUCUCUGGAGUCGAGUCUACUGAUCCCUUUGCACAGAAGACCGACCUUGGAUGGGGAAUAAUUGGUAUCAUCGACAAUCACUCAAGCAGCGACGACCCAAUAGGAGUUAGCCACAAAGUUCUAACUUACAGCGAUAUACCCUCAGUUCAACAGAAGACCAUAAAAGGGGAUUUGGUUAUCUCUAACGUCACAAUCAAAGAGGUUCUUACAACGCUGGAGGCAGAUUUCAAGGACACUGAGGAUACCGGCAGCCAAGUAUCAAUUGAAGACAGAAGAUUCGUUCACAUAUUGACCAGAGAGAUGCACCAAAGACCGGAUGGGCAUUA